UUUGGUGAUACAGUCUGUGAGUCGGUGUCAGUGAUGGAGGGAGAUUCUGUCACUCUACACACCAGUCUUACUGAAGUAGAGAAAGGACUUGUGAUAGACUGGAGGUUUGGACCAAACAACAUUCUCAUAGCUAGAGUCAAUAGCGUAGCUAAUACAGCAAAUGUGUAUACUGAUGUUAUUGGUGAGAGUUUCAGAGGCAGACUGCACAUAAACCAGCAGAUUGGAGAUCUCAACAUCACGAACAUCAGAAAAGAACAUUCUGGGCUUUACAAAUUAAGCAUCCAUGGCAAAAACAUAGACAUGUUAUACAAUGUCAGUGUGGUAUCUGAUAAAAGAGACGGGCUUGAGAUUGUGCAAGUCAUGAAGGGAGAUUAUGUCAUUCUACACACCGAUGCUGCUGAAAUACAGAAAUAUCAUCUGAUACAGUGGAUGUUUGGAAACACUGUGAUAUGUUCAUUUAACAAAACGUACCAAGUUCCGCCAAUCUUAAACAAAGUAGAGGUGGAUCGUGACACUGGAUCCCUCAAAAUCAAGAGCAUUAGAACGGAACAGUGUGGGACUUAUAACCUACAGAUGAUCAGCAGCACUCACACCAUACAGAAGAGAUUCAAUAUUACUAUUUUUGAUGAGGUGAAGCCCAUAUCAGCGAUGGAGGGAGAUUCAGUCACUCUAAACUCUGAUACUAAAAUAUAUGAUGAGAUACAGUUUGAAUAUGACGACUCUAUCAUAGCAGCAAUCAAUAGAGCUUCCCAAAACUUGUCUACAUAUGAUGUUCCUGAUGGGAGAUUCAGAGACAGACUGAAGCUGGACAAUCAAACUGGAUCUCUGAUCAUCAUAGACAUCAACACUCAACACACUGGACUCUAUCAUCUACACAUCUUCAACAGCAGACACACUGUACACAAGAGUUUCGUAGUUAAUGUCUGCAAUGCAGUGAAAUACGUAACAGUGAAAGUGGGAGAAUCUUUUACUCUAGACACUGGUCUUACUGAUAUACAGGAGUAUGGUCAACUGCUGUGGAGGUUUGGAGAUAAUGACACUCUCGUAUCUAAAACCAAUGGAACAGAUCCGCUCUUUUCUAUACCUGAGAGAUUCAAAGACAGAAUCCUUUAUCAUGAAAAUGGAUCUCUCACCAUCAAAGAUACUAGAUUUGAACACGCUGGGUCUUAUCGCAUAGAAAUCAGCAGCAGCAGAAAAACCUUACUCAAGAGAUUCAGUGUUCUUGUCACUGCUUCUACAGUAUCAGACCUUGAACACCCAGGCUCUAUAGCAGCAAUGGUUUUUGAAUGGAAUAGAAUCCCACAAAGGGCUGGCCAACAAGGAAAAAACAGAAGUCACUUGAUCUGAGAGGAUCCCAGCAAGAUCACUUUGCAGCUAUUAUAACAUAAUUUAUAUGUUCUAAUAAUCUUGCUCUUUUCAUAUACCUCAGAACAAAACAUUUGUUUGUCAGUUGUCCAAACUUUAAGUUUUAACUCAGGGGGUAUUCCAGAAAGGAAGUUGUGUGACAUACCUCAGAAAAGCUUUCUCAGAGUAAACAUAACCUCAACUUUCAGUUCCUUUUUAUUAUUUUAUAUAUAUUUUUUGGAACAUUACAUACUCUAAGUAGCCAUAAAAACUUAAACAUUCUCUAUUAAAAAAAAAAAAAAACCUUUUAAUCUUGUGCCAAGUUUGAUUCUCUGAAGUAUGAGCAGCAUUUUGUUCCACUAAAAGGAGUUCCCUAAAAUAAUUCUCUGUUCUCAAAUGUGGGUACUUCUGCUGGCAUUUAUAGGAACUAUGAAAAUACUUCUCCAGUGUGAAAGCCUCUAUUACAUGCAUGUUUUUUCCUCUUUGCCUUAAUUUGUAAUCUGCAUAUAAUUUAUGCUUCAAUUCAUAGUUUUUAUUACUGUAGUUGAGCUUGGAAUUCAGAGUUUAAAAACAAAUAUGUAUAAGAAGAAUAGGAAAAUACCAGAACCAAAAACUGUUAAAGGGGUCAUCGGAUGCCACAUGCACUUUUACAAGUUGUUUGAACUGAAAUGUGUGUUGGCAGUGUGUAAAAAAACAACAAACCUUUAAUGAUAAAAAUUGACCCACUGUUUUUUUUUUAUCUCUUCAAAUGUUUUCCCCAGUCUGUGUGACAUCAUUAAACAUGCCCCUCCCACAAUAGUUUGAUUGACGGUAACAUUUCAGCACAGACUGCACUGGUGUCUUAUCUUACACCCGCCCUGAGUGACUGUCAUCAGUCCACCAUUGUUUCACCACCGGAGCAGAUGAACUGUAGACAAGAAUGACUCCUAAGCGAUCGAGUUAUUGUAAACUAUUUAAGUUCUUGUUUCUGUUCCAUAAAAUCAAAAAGUAUUUGUCUAAAACCUCUUGUGGUUUCUUUUGAUUAGCCUACUUUAGGCUAUUUUCAUCUUUCAAAUUGUCAAAAAGUAGUAAAGUCUAUGCCAAACUACCUAUUUUAUGUAACUUUACAAUAGCUAGAUCAGACA